AGCGCGCAGCGGGAGGAAGCCAAGGCCGGCCCCAGCCCUCGGUCUCCGAACAAAGAAGGACCCGAGAUGGGCAACAGCCUGAAAGCCGUUGUGGCUUUUGUACCCUCCGAUGAGUGCCAGAAGUACCUCCUGGAGGACCUGGAGGAGAUGCCCGUGGACAAAAUGGUGGACCUGAGCGGCAGGCAGCUGCGGAGGCUGCCCCUGCACAUCUGCUCCUUCAGGGAACUGGUCAAGCUGUACCUGAGCAACAACAACCUGACACAACUCCCUCCUGAGCUGGAGCAGCUGCAGAACCUGCAGAUUCUGGCACUGGACUUCAACAACUUCCGAGCGCUGCCGCUGGCCGUGUGCACGCUGAAGCAGCUCUGCAUCCUCUACCUGGGCAACAACAAGCUCUGCAGCCUGCCUCUCGAGCUGCGGCUCCUGCAGAACCUCAGGACCCUCUGGAUCGAAUCCAACUGCCUGCAGCAGCUGCCCGAGGUGGUGUGUGAGCUCAGCCUGCUCAAGACGCUGCACGCCGGCUCCAACGCGCUGCGCACGCUGCCCACCCGCCUGCGGGGCCUGUGCGAGCUGCGCUCCAUCUGGCUCUCGGGCAACUUGCUGGCCGAGUUCCCCUCCGUGCUCCUGCACAUGCCUUCUCUGGAGGUGAUCGACGUGGACCGCAAUGCCAUCCGCUACUUCCCCAGCCUGGCCCACCUGGCCAGCCUCAAGCUGGUGAUCUACGACCACAACCCCUGCCGCAACGCCCCCAAGGUGGCCAAGGGGGUGCGCAGGGUGGGGAGGUGGUCGGAGGAGAGCCCCGAGCCCCGCAAGCGCUCCGGGGCUGUGAUUGAAAUCUCGCUCAGUGAGAGACCGUUGCCACCUCCCGCCAGCAAAGCUGAGCCAGAAGCUGAGGCCUGCUGAUCUCUGCCGGCCCACAGCACGACAGAGGAAGCAACACACAGCGGAGAGCUCUGUUCUUACAGCUGCCCUCUUCUUCCCGGACGAUCUGUGACCGCUGUGGUUUUGAUGUUGUCAAGUAGCAGUUAGAAUGAUGGUGAGGGCAGCUGGAUGCGGUUCUGCUGGUUCUUGUGCCUGUAAGGUCUGCCUUAGGGGCAGCUGCGUGUGCCGAGGUUUGAUGCAGUAGCAAAGAAAACCAAAGCCCUGGCUAAAAUGGGAGAACCACAGCUGCAGCAGAGGGAACCCCACAUGUGGAACCAGAGGGCUGGGAGCCCACCUCUCCAGGCUCACACAGGAGCUGUAGCUGAGGCAAGCCUACUGACUGUCCAGCCGGGUAUGGCUCCAGCUUGCCAAACUCAGACCUCAUCAGAUUCCCCUGGAAACACACAGAAUUUCUAUUUUCUAACGCGUGUUUUGCUUUGAUUGUAUAGCACAGAACAGUUCAACGUGACUUGACGUGUAGCUUUUGAUUCCACAGCUGUUUACUGGAAGAGAAGCCCUCUGCCACAGGGCGGGCAGCCCUCGGUGCUGCAGGGCAGCCACGUCCCUCUCCCCAUCUCUGCUGUGGUCAGAGCCACCUUCCCAGCACAGCAGGCAGCAGUGACGGCUGGCUGCCCCUGAAACCUUGGAGCCAGUGCUGCUUUGUGACUGCCUAAUGUCAUUCUAGAAAAAUUCUCUGAAAAUAUAUAGGCUGUGUUCACACUUGCUGGCUUGUUAAAUGAAGUCUGCAUUUGGAUCUGGCUGGCACCUACAUAAGUGUACUUGCUAUAUUCGUUACAUUAAAUAAAGCGCUGCAGUCUCGCUGAACUAUCUUACUUUGUAACUAAGUGAAUCCUUCCCUUUCCC